AUGGCUCUAAUACACUUGGCUCACAGCGCGAGCCUGGGACUCAUACCCAUUAUUUCUGGCUACCUGAGUAACCUGGGGCUGUUGUGGUAUUUCCACACUGCCGGGCUAAUUGAACCAAAUGACUUUAGAUUCCGAUGGAAUGGGAUAGAGUGCAGCCGAAGCCAGAGAUGUGGCUGUACCUUUGAUGAGGACUCCGACACCAGCCUGUGUGAGUACCGGCAGGGCCAGAAGGAUGACUUCGACUGGCAGCUGAUCAGAACCUACAACUGGCCACACUCGCCCCCUGACCUUCUAAAAGCAGUGUGCCAGUGGUGUUGGGCGGACACGGUUCUCCAGUACCUCCAUGGCCGAGUCUAUAUAGUAUUCGAGAGAGCGGGUCCUUCAGCCUACACCCCGGGUCAGGCCGAGCAGGCCUUGAAACGCAUCAGCUGGCCUUCAGCCUACACCCCGGGUCAGGCCGAGCAGGCCUUGAAACGACUCUGCUGGCCUUCAGCCUACACCCCGGCUCAGGCCGAGCAGGCCUUGAAACGCAUCAGCUGGCCUUCAGCCUACACCCCGGGUCAGGCCGAGCAGGCCUUGAAACGCAUCUGCUGGCCUUCCGCCUACACCCCGGCUCAGGCCGCCUACACCCCGGGUCAGGCCGAGCAGGCCUUGAAACGCAUCAGCUGGCCUUCCGCCUACACCCCGGGUCAGGCCAAGCAGGCCUUGAAACGCAUCAGCUGGCCUUCCGCCUACACCCCGGGUCAGGCCGAGCAGGCCUUGAAACGCAUCAGCCGGCCUUCAGCCUACACCCCGGGUCAGGCCGAGCAUGCCUUGAAACGACUCUGCUGGCCUUCAGCCUACACCCCGGCUCAGGCCGAGCAGGCCUUGAAACGCAUCAGCUGGCCUUCAGCCUACACCCCGGGUCAGGCCGAGCAGGCCUUGAAACGCAUCAGCUGGCCUUCAGCCUACACCCCGGGUCAGGCCGAGCAGGCCUUGAAACGCAUCUGCUGGCCUUCCGCCUACACCCCGGCUAAGGCCGAGCAGGCCUUGAAAUGCAUCAGCUGGCCUUCAGCCUACACCCCGGGUCAGGCCGAGCAGGCCUUGAAACGCAUCAGCUGGCCUUCAGCCUACACCCCGGCUCAGGCCGAGCAGGCCUUGAAACGCAUCAGCUGGCCUUCCGCCUACACCCCGGCUCAGGCCGAGCAGGCCUUGAAACGCAUCAGCCGGCCUUCAGCCUACACCCCGGGUCAGGCCGAGCAGGCCUUGAAACGCAUCAGCUGGCCUUCAGCCUACACCCCGGGUCAGGCCGAGCAGGCCUUGAAACGACUCUGCUGGCCUUCAGCCUACACCCCGGCUCAGGCCGAGCAGGCCUUGAAACGCAUCAGCUGGCCUUCAGCCUACACCCCGGCUCAGGCCGAGCAGGCCUUGAAACGCAUCAGCUGGCCUUCAGCCUACACCCCGGGUCAGGCCGAGCAGGCCUUGAAACGCAUCAGCUGGCCUUCAGCCUACACCCCGGGUCAGGCCGAGCAGGCCUUGAAACGCGUCAGCUGGCCUUCAGCCUACACCCCGGGUCAGGCCGAGCAGGCCUUGAAACGCGUCAGCUGGCCUUCAGCCUACACCCCGGGUCAGGCCGAGCAGGCCUUGAAACGCAUCAGCUGGCCUUCCGCCUACACCCCGGGUCAGGCCGAGCAGGCCUUGAAACGCAUCAGCCGGCCUUCAGCGUACACCCCGGGUCAGGCCGAGCAGGCCUUGAAACGCGUCAGCCGGCCUUCAGCCUACACCCCGGGUCAGGCCGAGCAGGCCUUGAAACGUGUCAGCUGGCCUUCAGCCUACACCCCGGGUCAGGCCGAGCAGGCCUUGAAACGCAUCAGCUGGCCUUCAGCCUACACCCCGGCUCAGGCCGAGCAGGCCUUGAAACGCAUCUGCUGGCCUUCAGCCUACACCCCGGCUCAGGCCGAGCAGGCCUUGAAACGCAUCAGCUGGCCUUCCGCCUACACCCCGGGUCAGGCCGAGCAGGUUAUCUUCGAGGCGACUGUUUCCGAGGAGCGAGAGGGCUACAUCGCUUUGGACGACAUCCUGCUGCUCAACUACCCCUGCUACAAGGUGCCCCAUUUCUCUCGGCUGGGCGACGUGGAGAUCAACGCUGGGCAGAACGCCACAUUCCAGUGUGUAGCCACUGGCAAGACUUCAGAGACUGAACCCUUCCUACUGGAGCGUCGUAAUGGCAUGUUGCUGGACACGUCCCUGCUGUCUCGCUUAAGCCACAAGCGUCUGAUGGCCACUUUCCAGGUGGAGGCCCAGCGAGGCGAGCAGGAUCUGUAUCGCUGCAUCACCCUGUCCUGCAGGGGUGCUGCUGUCUCCAACUUCGGCGAACUCAUCGUCAGAGUGCCCCCCACCCCUAUUGCGCCACCUCAGCUCCUGCGGGCCGGCCCCACCUACCUGAUCAUCCAGCUCAACACCAACUCCAUAGUGGGGGACGGACCGGUCAUCCGCCGGGAAAUCCAGUACAGGGCCAGCCAGUCGCCUUGGACGGAGACCCACGGUGUGGGCUCACUUACCUAUAAGGUUUGGCACCUGGAGCCGGACACGGAGUACCGCAUCAGCGUUCUGCUCACCCGCCCUGGAGAGGGCGGCACGGGCGCACCUGGGCCCCCGCUGAUCAGCAGGACCAAGUGUGCAGAACCCAUGCGUGCCCUGCGGGGCCUGACGGCCGCAGAGAUCCAACCCCGGCAGCUGUUCCUGCAGUGGGAGCCACUUGGCUACAACCUGACCCGCUGCCACACCUACACCUUGUCCCUGUGCUACCGCUACUCGACACCGACGGGGGGUGGGGCGGGGAACAACGCCACGGUGAGAGAGUGCCUGUCAGUGGAGCGCAACACCUCUCACUUCACCCUGAGGGACCUGCCGCCCUUCCGCUCCAUCCAUGUCCGGCUGGCGCUGGCCAACCCUGAGGGCAAAAAAGAGAGUCGCGAGAUCACCUUUCAGACGGAAGAGGACAUACCGGGUGGCAUUGCUCCGGAGUCCCUGACCUUCACCCCACUAGACGAUAUGAUCUUCCUCAAGUGGGAGGAGCCUGUGGAGCCUAAUGGCCUCAUCACUCAGUACGAGAUCAGCUACCAGAGCAUCGAGUCAUCCGACCCGGGCAUCAACGUGCCAGGGCCCCGCCGCACCGUGUCCAAGCUGAGGAACGAGACCUACCACAUGUUCUCCGGGCUGCACCCCGGCACCACCUACCUGGUGUCUGUCCGGGCCCGCACAGCCAAGGGCUUCGGCCAGACGGCCCUCACCGAGAUCACCACCAACAUCUCUGCUCCCGUGUUCGAGUAUGAAGACAUCCCGUCUCCGCUGAGCGAGUCGGAGAGCACCAUCACCGUGCUGCUGCGCCCGGCUCUGGGGAGAGGCGCUCCUGUCAGUGCCUACCAGGUGGUGGUGGUGGAGGAGGAUGGGUCUCGGCAGGUGAGGAGGAGGGAUCUGGGCGGCGUGGAUUGUUUCCCAACGCCCAACUCUCACAGCCAAGCCAAAGCGGCCCCCCAUUACUACACGGCCGAGUUAACCCCCAGUAGCCUGCCCGAGGCCACGCCCUUCACCGUGGGAGACAAUCACACCUACAACGGGUACUGGAACUCCCCUCUAGACCCCACCAAGAACUACCUCAUCUACUUCCAGGCCGCCAGCAACUUCAGAGGGGAGACAAGAAUCAACUGCAUCCGGAUUGCUCGCAAAGCUGCCUGUAAGGAUUCCAAGCGGGCUCUGGAAGUAUCCCAGCAUGCUGAGGACAUGGGACUGAUCCUCGGGGCCUGUGCCGGGGGUCUGGUGGUCCUCAUCCUGCUUCUGGGAGCCAUUGUCAUUGUUAUCAAGAAGGGAAGGGACUUCUAUUCUUACCCUUACUACCCCAGGAAGAAAGUGGCCAUCAACAAGGCGGCCAUGUCGUACCGGCAAGAGAAGAGCCGGAAGCUGAGCUCUCUGGACUGCAGCUUGACGGAGCAGAGUACUCUCCAGCAGGACGAGAGGAUGGCCCACUCUUUCAUGGACUCUCACAGCUGCAACACACGAAACGAGCAGCGCAGCUCGGUAAACGAGUCGAGCAGCCUCCUGGGAGGGUCGCCCUACCGCCACUCCCGCAGGAAGAGCUUGCCUUACCACACAGGUCAGCUCCACCCAGCGGUGCGGGUGGCUGACCUCCUCCAGCACAUCAACCAGAUGAAGACCGCCGAGGGAUAUGGCUUCAAACAGGAGUACGAGAGCUUUUUUGAUGGCUGGGAUGUCACAAAAAAGAAGGACAAGGCCAAAGAAAGGCACGACAGCUUACUCAGCCAUGACCGUCAUCGAGUCAAGCUGCACUCGCUGUUGGCAGACCCCAACUCGGACUAUGUGAACGCCAACUACAUAGAUAUUCGGAUAAACAGGGAAGGCUAUCAGCGAUCCAACCACUUCAUUGCAACUCAAGGUCCCAAGCAGGAGAUGAUCUAUGACUUCUGGCGGAUGGUGUGGCAGGAAAACUGCUUCAGUAUUGUCAUGAUCACCAAGCUGGUGGAAGUGGGCAGGAUGAAGUGCUGCAAGUACUGGCCCGAUGACAGCGAGCUCUAUGGAGACAUUAAGAUAACGCUGCUGAAAACAGAAACACUGGCGGAGUACACCGUCCGCACUUUCGCUAUGGAGCGGAGAGGCUACCCCACUAAACACGAGGUUCGCCAGUUCCAUUUCACCUCCUGGCCUGAGCACGGCGUACCCUACCACGCCACGGGCCUGCUGGCCUUCCUACGCCAGGUCAAGGCCUCCACGCCGUCGGACGCCGGGCCUGUGGUGGUCCACUGCAGCAUCGGCGCCGGCAGGACGGGCUGUUACAUCGUGCUGGAUGUCAUGUUGGACAUGGCCGAGUGUGAAGGAGUGGUGGACAUCUACAACUGUGUCAAGACCCUCUGCUCCAGACGCAUCAACAUGAUCCAGACGGAGGAGCAGUACGUGUUCAUCCAUGACGCCAUCCUGGAGGCGUGUCUGUGCGGCGAGACGGCCAUCCCCGUCAACGAGUUUGCCCUCACCUACAAAGAGAUGCUGAAGGUGGACUCUCAGAGCAACACCUCCCAGUUCAGAGAGGAGUUCCAGACUCUGAACUCGGUGACCCCUCACCUCGACGUGGAGGAGUGCAGCAUCUCUCUGAUGCCGCGGAACCGGGAGAAGAACCGUAGCAUGGACGUCCUGCCGCCGGACCGCGCCCUGGCUUUCCUGGUCACCACCGAGGGGGAGGGGAACAACUACAUCAACGCCGCGCUCACUGAUAGCUUCUUGCGGCCCGCCGCCUUCGUGGUGACGCCGCACCCCCUGCCCGCCACCACCACUGACUUCUGGCGGCUUGUCUAUGACUACGGCUGCAGCUCGGUGGUCAUGCUCAACCAGCUCAACCAGUCCAACUCUGCCUGGCCCUGUCUGCAGUAUUGGCCCGAGCCGGGCCUGCAGCAGUAUGGACCCAUGACAGUGGAGCUUCUGUCCAGGACGGCAGACGACGACGUCAUCAUCCGCCUCUUCCGGGUUCAGAACAUCACGCGGCUUCAGGAAGGCCAGCUUGUGGUGCGUCACUUCCAGUUCCUGCGCUGGUCACCGUACCGUGAUGUGCCCGACUCCAAGAAGGCCUUCCUGAGCCUGCUGGCUCAGGUGCACAACUGGCAGAGGGAGUGUGGCGAGGGACGCACCGUUGUCCAUUGCUUGAACGGUGGCGGUAGAAGUGGUACUUUCUGUGCCUGCACCAUGAUUUUGGAAAUGAUUCGCCACCACAACAUGGUGGACGUGUUCUUCGCUGCCAAAACGCUGCGCAACUCAAAGCCAAAUAUGGUCGAGACAAUAGAGCAGUACCGGUUCUGCUACGAGCUGGCCCUGGAGUACCUGGACUGCCUGGAAGUCAGAUAG